AUGUUUACAGAUGGAAUGAAGGAGUUAAGCCAGGAAGUGAUCGAGCUGAAAGAUGAAAGCAUUUCACCAGAUGUUUUAAAGAUCAUACUGGACUCCAUCUACACUGGAGAUCUUCUUGUAAACGAGGAAAGCGUGUCCAAAGUUCUAACUGCCGCAGAUCAUCUUCAACUCGCAAGUACUGUUCAUCAGUGUUGUAAUUUCCUGCUGACCGAGUUCGUCAAUAUUCGUUUGGACUUUGAAACUUACUGUCGCAUCUGGGAAAUCGCGUUUAGCUAUGGGCUGAAAGAUCUGCAAGACGCUGCAGAUUGUAACUUAGUUAAGAUGUAUACAGAUGUUUGUGCACCUUCUGAGACGUUUGUCUUCAAAUCCGUGAUACAAUGGGUUAACUACAAAAAGGAAGAGAGGAUGGCAGUUGCAGUUGAAGUUAUCGGAGGCGUUCGUCAGGGGCUGGUUGAUAUUGGAGUUGUGAUUGACGACCUUAACACUGAGGAGAUGCAACAAAUUCCUGAAAUUUACAAGCAGGUCCACGAGGCAGCAAUCUAUAAACACAGGCCAACCUAUAAACCUUAGUAUUCAGUGGAGCAAAUGAAGCCACGAUCAAAGAACCCAGUAAGAACAUUCUAUUUUGAAAACUGGUGAAAUUUUGUUAAGUUUGUGGCUUUCAAAUCCUACUUUAUUUAUCCUCUCUAUUCUGGAACAUUUUCGUUUUAGUUUGUUUGUCUGGGUGUUCGUUUGCGUGUAUUUUUUUAUGCCAUUCAGUUGCGUUCCUUACUUUUCUGAUACUAAUUUUGUGGUUUCCUUCAUUUUGAAAGAAGCAGUUUGUAGUUUCCACUGUAAGAGAGAGAAGAGCCAAAAAGUUUAUGGAAUUAUGGAGUUGUUUGUUAAUUUUAUAACAUAACAUUAUAAUUCCCCAGUAGGUUCUUGUGGUUAUCUUGCCUAAGAAGAGAAUGCAGUACUUCGACGUAGAGGCCAAAACUUGGAAGACUUUGCCGGUCGCCUCCCCGCGAAUUGGGGCAACUUGUGGUUUCUGCGCAGUGUCUCUUGGCGAUAAGUUGAUGAUUGCCGCACGGGACUCCUUAGGUAACUGCAUCUACCGUUAUGAUACAGAUACGCAUUCAGGUAAUAAUACCACUGAUCUCUGUGUUACAGAUGAGUUGAUGUACGCAGUGAGUGCAAACGAUUAUCAAGCUUGUCAAAGGUACAGUUUCACUAAACGGCAGUGGCAAGCAUUUCCUCGCCCUACAGUACAAACAGACAAUAACAUAAGUGGUGCAGUGGUUUUAAAUUCAAAAGUGAGUGUUCUGGAGAAAAAUGAGGAUGCUUUCAAAACGUCAGUCGUGUUUUGAUCCUCAAAAGAAGAAAUGGGAAGUAAAAGCAACAACAUCCACCCGUUACCAAGAAUCCACAAGGCUGAUAGUAGUGAAGAGGAAACUCUACAUUGCUGGGGGCAAAGUUCGAGGUAGUCCAAUGGCAGAAUAUUGUAACGAAAAAACCAACAGCUGGUCUGUUGUUAAACAAAAACGUAUCCCGGCCAAUAAUCUCAAUGCAAUGAAGAGAGGGUGUAUUUCAUCAUCAAUAACUUUCCAAUUGACAGUGGAAUUAGAACUACAGACGGGCGCCUAAAUUCUGCUGUUCUGAACGAGUGGGAGAAUUUGAGAAAAAUAGAUUACAAUGCAGCCCUUGGUUAUAUGGUAAUGAAGAGGGAGAGUGGUGGGUGAUAAACGAGUCAAGCGUGGCUGACUGACUUCUCCUAAUUACUCUCAGAGCAUUAUUUCUAGUAGAUAUUUACUCAUUCAUCCAUGUUAUAACUAUGCACUUUGGAAAGGUGGAAUGUAUGACCAUGUGAAAACAUUUCUAUCUUGGAAAAAUAAUCGAGAAAUAUGAAGCUAAAGAUCCGUGUUGUAAAUCACUUUUAAAAAAAGACCGUUGUACAAUGCGUGUUCGAGAAGAGAAAAUAGGUACAUAUCAAGAAAAUACUCUCUCGUUGAUAAGUUUGUCUGUUUAGCAAAGAAGUGAUAACUGCGGGUGAACUAUAAUCAAAAGUUAAUGCAGAAACCCGUCCCUUUCAGUUACGAGUUGAGCGUAAUUCAGACCAACCGAGCUAGGAAGCCACACGUUAAGAGCGAAGCAAAUUAUGUGUUAGUUGUUCCGUUGCGGAAUAUGUUCAGGGUUAAGUGAAAAUAAGCUAUAUUGUGGCCUGCGGAUGAUCGAAAAAGUAGCGAAAUGCCAGGUGUACUGCAAUUAAAGAAAUUGCAGAAAAUCAAGCCUGAAAAACGUAAGGUUUCGUCGGCCGUUUCGGGAUUCAAGCCCGUGUCUCGGCCCCCAUUUAGUUGAUAAUGAAAUUCAGUAAACUGUGAGAUGGACUCGCUUAUAUUUCACUUCAGAAAGUUAAAGCCGGUCUUUGAUGUGUCGCGACAAUCUUGUAAGCGUAUCGCGUGAUACUUUAUUUUCGAAUUUAAUCAUGUAAGCUAAGGGUUUGAUGACAGUUGCGUUACUUAAGAUUUAGAUGAAAAAUUAAGCGUAGCACGGUAAUGAUAGACUUGUAGCAAGAAUGUUUGGAUUGCACACAGCAGAAGUGAUAUAGAAAAUAAUACUAAUCUGAAAUAAUUAGAUAAGGAAUUGUCUAAAGAAAUUGUACGCGCGCGUUUGGGUUGGAACGUCCUGUGACGUUGUAUUAUGUGUCAUUUGAGCCGUUAAUACUGCGUGCUACUGAAGUGUUGAUCGGCGUAUAAUGGUAAACAGCUGUUAAAAUCAAGUUAACAGGAAAUAACUUUGGAUUUUAAUAUGUAAUGUUAAUCUUGGUUUUUCCUAGUUUAGGCGUGCAUUUCCGUUGUAAUAGUAGAUGAAUAGAAUCGCUGUCUUAUAACAGACGAUCGAGAUCGAUUGAAUGUAGAAAUUACGGAUAUUGUAUGGAUCAUAAAUAAAUGCAAGAAAG